AUGGCGAAAGGUGUUACUAUCCGUUGGGGACAGCAUGGGGAGGGGAGGGUCGUUACGCUGCCCUGCCGUCCUUCGGUUUCAGGCAGCUCCGAAGGCACGGCAGCGCUACCACAGCUUAUUGCGGACUGCACCCCUGCAACCUUUGGUCAUGACGGUAAAGAUGUCUACGAUCCGUCUUACCGACUUGCCGGCGCCAUGUCUGCCCAGGACUUCACGACCGACUUCUGCCCGUACGAGACAGGCAUCAUCGAUAUGAUCACCCAAAUCCUCAUGAGAUGGAGGGGAUUACGUGCGGAGUUGUACAAGCUUAAUGUGUACUCGGGGCCAUCCGGUAUGUUCAAAAGUCAUGUCGACACGCCGAGAGGAGAGAAGCAGGUGGGCAGUCUGGUUGUCUGCCUGCCAGUCGCGUUCCAGGGUGGCGGUCUGGCAGUGAGGCACGGAGGGCAGCAGAUCGUCCAUGAGUGGUCCACAUUCAUGACGGAUGAGGCGGCGUCCUGUGUGCAAUGGGCAGCUUUCUACAGCGACUGCGAGCACGAGGUCCUUCCUGUCAUCGAAGGGCAUAGGGUAACGCUGACCUACAACCUGUACCUCGCUCAUGGCACGGGAUUGUUGGCUCAGGGUGAAUGGGGCAUUGGCGGACUGCAACCAGCUCAGCUUCCGCUAAGCCAGCAUCUCCGCGAUCUCCUGCUCGCGAAGCCUGUGUUGAUGCCCAAUGGAGGGUAUCUGGGCUUCGAUCUCACGCACCUAUAUCCGCAUACACAUCCGUCUCUGCAUGCUUUCGUACCGCAGAUGCUCAAGGGCGCCGAUUUGGCUGUCUACGAAGCAGUGCAAGCCGCUGGACUGACCUGCGUGCUUGGUGGGUGCAGAAACGACCACCAUUUCGAGCAGAUAGAUAUACUGGACAAGCUCGAUGCGCAGGACAGAAGACGACGUCGCAACGAGGUCACGGGUUGGGGCCGUGAGGCGAUGGUUAAUGCUCUCACCCCACUUCGAGUGGAUGACAGUGGCGACUAUCACGAGCAGGAGGUGCCAUUGGAGGAAAGCUUCGAUGAGGUCGAAGUUAGUAAGGUCAAGGAUCUCCGGGCGAGGGUUGCGAUCAGGGAAAGGAUAACAUGGGUCAAUGUCUCGGGGCAUGAUGCAGCGAAGGAGUUGAGCUUCGCGGGUUUGGCGUACGGCAACCAGGCUGAGUUGAAGGUGAGGUACUCAAAUGUUGCGCUCGUUGCGAAGGUACCCAAUGCUGCUGAGAGAGGCUUGAAGGUGGUUUAG